GAAAGAAACGACGCGAGGAGGAAGGAUUUCGUUCCACCGCGAGCUGGCUGAAGCCCGUCGCGGAGCCACCGAUCUUCUCCGAGAAUCUCUCGCUCGCCAACGCGGCGGAGAGAGGUCGCCGCCGCCGCCGCCGCCGUCUCCAAUGCGGAAAUCUUCAAGCGCCGCAUCGUGAGCUCGCGUAGGUUUUCGAGUUUCGAUUGGCUUUUCGGAUUGGGAGGAGGAGGUGGGGGCGCGAUGUAUCAGUGGAGGAAGUUCGAGUUCUUCGAGGAGAAGCUGGGGGGGAGAUGCGCGAUCCCGGAGGAGGUGCGCGGCGGGAUCGCCUGCAGCUCCAGCGGCCGGGGGAAGCUCGUGAUCGGCUGCGACGACGGCGGGGUGAGCCUGCUCGAUCGCGGCCUCAAGUUCAAUUACGGUUUCCAGGCCCACUCCUCCUCCGUUCUCUUCCUGCAGCAGCUCAAGCAACGCAACUUUCUGGUGACUGUCGGUGAAGACGAGCAAUUAUCUCCGCAGCAAUCAGCUUUGUGCCUCAAGGUAUUUGACCUUGAUAGGAUGCAGGAGGAGGGCUCCAGCACAGCCAGUCCUGAUUGUAUUGGAAUUCUUCGAAUAUUCACCAAUCAGUUUCCUGAGGCAAAGAUUACAUCAUUCUUGGUCUUUGAGGAAGCUCCUCCAAUAUUGCUCAUAGCCAUCGGCUUGGAUAAUGGUUGCAUAUACUGCAUUAAAGGGGAUAUCGCAAGGGAGAGGAUCACACGUUUCAAACUUCAGGUGGACAAUGCUUUAGAUAGAAGCCAGUCUUCCAUAACCGGAAUGGGGUUCAGAGUUGAUGGUCCUGUCCUUCAACUAUUCGCGGUGACUCCAGCAUCAGUGAGCUUGUUCAACUUGCACAGUCAGCCUCCAGCCAGGCAAACACUGGAUCAUAUUGGCUGUAAUGUCAACAGCAUUACAAUGAGUGAUCGCUCGGAGCUGAUAAUUGGUCGACCUGAGGCUGUUUACUUCUACGAAAUUGAUGGACGUGGCCCUUGUUGGGCUUUCGAAGGAGAGAAGAAGUUCGUGGGCUGGUUUCGUGGCUAUCUUUUGUGUGUUAUAGCUGAUCAAAGGAGCGGCAGAAAUACUUUUAACAUCUAUGACCUGAAGAAUCGUUUGAUAGCCCACAGCCUAGUGCUUAAAGAGGUCUCUCAGAUGCUUUGUGAAUGGGGUAAUAUAGUUCUCAUACUAAACGAUAAAUCUGCACUUUGUAUCGGAGAGAAGGAUAUGGAAAGCAAAUUAGAUAUGCUUUUCAAGAAAAACCUAUAUACUGUAGCCAUUAACCUUGUGCAGAGUCAACAAGCUGAUGCCGCUGCAACUGCAGAAGUGUUAAGGAAAUAUGGGGAUCAUCUGUAUUCUAAGCAGGAUUAUGAUGAGGCUAUGGCGCAGUAUAUUAACACGAUUGGUCACCUUGAACCUUCAUACGUGAUACAGAAGUUUCUAGAUGCUCAAAGAAUCUACAACCUAACAAAUUACUUGGAAAAGUUGCAUGAGAAGGGGCUUGCAUCUAAAGAUCACACGACACUUCUGUUGAACUGUUACACCAAAUUAAAAGAUGUUGAAAAGUUAAAUGUGUUCAUUAAAAGUGAAGAUGGUGUUGGGGAGCACAAAUUUGAUGUGGAAACUGCUAUAAGGGUUUGUCGAGCUGCCAAUUACCAUGAGCAUGCAAUGUAUGUUGCUAAGAAGGCAGGGAGGCAUGAAUGGUAUCUUAAGAUUUUGCUUGAAGACCUCGGUAGGUAUGAUGAGGCCUUGCAAUACAUUUCGAGUCUUGAGCCCAGUCAAGCUGGUGUAACAGUAAAAGAGUAUGGUAAAAUUCUCAUAAAGCACAAACCAGCGGAAACCAUUGAGAUACUCAUGAGGCUUUGCACUGAGGAUGGAGAAUCUACAAGAAGAGGAGCCUCUAAUGGUAUCUAUCUAUCUAUGCUACCUUCUCCUGUUGAUUUUCUCAACAUAUUUAUCCACCAUCCCCAGGCCCUCAUGGAAUUCCUUGAGAAGUACACAGACAAGGUUAAAGAUUCACCUGCACAAGUUGAAAUACACAAUACCCUUCUAGAGUUAUACCUGUCCAAUGACUUGAAUUUCCCAUCAAUAUCACAAACUGACAAGGAUGGGGAGUUUGAUACUAGAGCAAGACCAGCAGCAGCUGGAAUUUCAAAAGUCGUGACUAAUGGGAAAUUGGUGUCCAAUGAAAAAGAUAUUAGCAAGUAUUGUUUAGAAAGACGUGAAAAGGGGCUUCGCUUGCUUAAGGUUGCAUGGCCAGCUGACAUGGAACAUCCACUUUAUGAUGUUGACCUUGCUAUAAUUCUAUGCGAAAUGAAUGGAUUCACACAAGGGCUUCUCUACAUCUAUGAGAAGAUGAAACUUUAUAAGGAGGUAAUUGCUUGCUAUAUGCAGGCCCAUGACCAUGAGGGUUUGAUAGCAUGCUGUAAAAGGCUAGGGGAUUCAGGUAAGGGCGGGGAUCCGACUCUUUGGGCAGACCUCCUGAAAUAUUUUGGUGAACUCGGUGAAGAUUGCUCGAAAGAAGUAAAGGAAGUCCUGACUUACAUAGAGAGGGAUGACAUGUUACCUCCUAUAAUCGUUCUUCAGAUGCUUUCUAAAAAUCCUUGCCUCACUCUCUCUGUUAUCAAGGACUAUAUUGCCAGAAAGCUCGAGCAGGAAUCUAAACUCAUCGAAGAAGAUCGACGGGCUGUUGAGAAAUAUCAGGAAGAUACACAGACUAUGAGAAAAGAAAUUGAGGAUCUUAGAACAAAUGCUAGAAUUUUUCAGCUUAGCAAGUGCACAGCAUGCACAUUUACGCUGGAUCUCCCCGCUGUCCACUUUAUGUGUAUGCAUUCGUUCCAUCAGCGUUGUCUUGGUGAUAAUGAAAAGGAAUGCCCCGAGUGUGCACCUGAGUACCGAUCUGUGCUGGAAAUGAAGAGAAGUUUGGAGCAAAAUGCCAAGGACCAAGAUCGAUUUUUCCAGCAGGUGAAGACAUCAAAGGAUGGGUUUUCCGUGAUUGCUGAGUACUUUGGAAAGGGGAUUGUGAGCAAAGCAAGCAACAAACAGACAGGUACUAUUAGGUAGAGCGACACCUUCUACAGCAGUGGGCUGAUGAUUGACUUGUUAGGCCUUCUUAUUUUGCUCAAUGCAAUGCUAAUCAAAGAAGCUGAUAUUUGUUCAGAAAGGUGUUCAUGUGGGUCAAGUUGAGGGUGGCGUAAUUCCCACAUUUGUUUUUGAUUUGUGAGUGCUGAGUGUUCACCUUUCUGAUUGAGUCGCGCCAGCUGUAAGUUGAUGGGAACUUUAUGUUGCCCUGGCUGUACAUAAAGGAGGAGAAUGGCAGUGCUACAGUCUCCGGGUUUGUUGCCAAUUUCAUCAAGAUUUACUGGAGCUGGGGGCAUUUGGCUCUUAGUUACACAUCUCAGUUUUGCAGAUUUGAUGUUUCCUGCAUUUUCCCUCUCAUUUGAGCCUUGUGAUUGUGAGUUGUGAUCUGUCUGCCCUAGCAUGCAAAAGGGGAUAUUACACCACCUUUGUUAUUGUUUUUGUUUUUCUUUUUGUUUACUUUUCUUGUAAGGUUUUAUAUGAAUAAUACAGUAAUGUGGUUACCUA